GAAAAUUCCUUCCCGACUCCAACGUAUACCUGUUCAGUCCCCAAAUUCGAGCCCAAAUUAAUUAAUCACCAAUAGAAUUGCUUCAAUUCCACCACACAGUCAGCUGACCUCAGGAAUAAAAAAAAGGGUUAAAUCAGAAAUAUGGCAGCAGUAAAGAUGCGUUCUGAGGCUGGUGUUUGAUUACUGAAUGGACUAUUUAUACCCACACUGCGCGUUCCGGCGGUCAGCAGCGUCUCGGUGACAUUGUCGUGAGUUAUUCUGGCUGCUGUCCUGUGCUGUUCGCUCUCGUGAGAUUCAGGACCCUCCAAAAGACAAAGGACUUAUUUUAAUUUAUUUAUUUAUUUAUUUUUAUCACGUCCACAUUUUUGGGGGGUAAUUUCAUUGGUUCAUCUUGGAAAGAAGUCUGUAGAGUAACCCGGAGCGGAAUAUCCUGCGCAGAUUAAACUGCAACCUGAUGGCGAAGAGACGGCUUUCUGUGCUCCUUCUACCCCUUAUCUGUGCCCUGAUCCCGGGAGGGAGAUCCCAGAUACAUCAUGAGACUCUAGACAUGGCCUCCACCGCCUUUGAUGACCAAUACGUCAUGUGUUCCGAGGAUAUGGAGGCGUCCAUGGCAUCCAUGUUAAAUGUGGAGAAAUCUCUGGACCCGGACUUCAGAGGCGCGUGGGAGAAAGCCGAAUCCAGGUGGGAGAAGCGUAGGCUCGACUCGUCUCUACCGGCCCUUCCUAAGGGUUUCAGGGACGAGCAUGGAAUAGCCAUCCUCGUUUAUACAGACAAGGACUUUCCUUCUCCAGAAGUGUCUCUCCCGAGUCGCUUCAAUGAAGCCGUGAGGACAGCUGUGGCCUCGCGGAGAGACUAUCUGGAUAAGUUCCACUUCAAAGUCCUUCAUUACUAUCUGACGACUGCCCUCCAGCUACUUGAGGCAGAGUGCAGGUUGGUCUACAGGGGGAUUCGGGGUCUUCACUUUGUGCCACCCGAGGAACCGGACGCCCUCAUCCGAUUUGGCCAAUUCACCUCAUCUUCAAUGAGCCAGAAGACGGCGGAAGGGUUUGGCCGGGACUCCUUCUUUCAUAUAACCACCUGUCACGGCGUGGACAUUGGACCUCUAUCCACUAACGCCAAUGAGAGCGAGGUCCUCAUUCCAGGCGAUGAGAUCUUCCACGUCUCCAACUUCACAAAUGGAGGACACCAGUUUGUCCUGACGAGCACCAAGCGACGGUGUCAAUAUUAUAACUGCGCGCUCCUGGGGGGAGGCAGAGCCCCGACGUGCUGCUGGGAUCCACGGAACAGCGUCCCAGAGAAUGUGCAUUAAACGGUGCUGGGGACUCGAUCCUCCUGCAGAGACACCAAUGAAUGGAGCAGGACUUCACGAGGAAACAAGCGUUCUAAAGUUCUAAGGGGUUCUAGAGCUGAUAUGGAGCCCUCGGGGAGAUUGUCUUUUCCCUUCCUGACAGGGGAUCCUGGGUCAUCAUCGAUAAAUGUUAGAGGUUCCGGAGCGGGGGUGACGAAGUAUCCGGUACUCAUCCCGUUCCCCUUCCUCUGUCCGAAAUUAUAGCUGCUCCUGUGAUUGGCUGAAAACAAUAUCACCGGCUCCUGCGCAUCGUUAUCCGGUGACCCCGCACCUCCCCAUCACACGGACUCAACAAAC